CCCCGGAACCAAGAUGACUUCUGGAGGAUGGUGUGGGAGCACAACGUGUACAACGUCGUCAUGGUGACGCAGUGUGUCGAGAAGGGACGGGUGAAGUGUGACCACUACUGGCCGGCUGACCGGGAGCCUCUGUACUAUGGAGACCUGGUGGUUCAAAUGCUGUCUGAGUCUGUCCUGGCUGAAUGGACAAUCAGGAGUUCAAGAUCAGCUCUGAGGGUCGUCCCAGCUUCCCUCGGGUGGUGAGACACUUCCACUACACGGUGUGGCCAGACCACGGGGUCCCCGAGACCACCCAGUCCCUCAUCGAGUUCGUACGGACCGUCCGGGACUACAUCGACAGGGCCCCCAGCACUGGAGCCACCGUUGUUCACUGCAGUGCUGGAGUGGGUCGUACAGGGACGUUCAUGGUUCUGGACCGGGUCCUUCAACAGCUGGACAGCAUAGGAACAGUGGACGUCUACGGCUGUGUGUUUGACCUCCGACUGCACCGCUCUCACAUGGUGCAAACAGAGUACCAGUACUCCUUCCUCCACCAGUGUGUUCGUGAUGUCCUGAGAGCCAGGAAGCUCCGUAGUGAGCAGGAGAACCCUCUCUACCCCAUCUAUGAGAACUUCAACCCAGACUACUACCGUG